AGGAAUUCCAGAAAUGAGUGGGUCAUUUUCAAUUUCUGUACUUUCUGUUUCGUUUUGGUCAGUACUCAGCAUUGCUAUGAUCAUCAUGGGUGCUUUGUUUCUUGAUAACUGCAAAGUUGAGCCGAAGGUCGCAGUUUACCUGAUCGUCUCUGGUGCAUUUAACAUAUUGGCGUUUACGAUCCUACCUCUAAAACGUUUUGCUGAAAUUCCGAUCUAUGUUAUAGAGGGGGUGAUUGGAUUCUUUCAAUUUUGCUGGUUUAUUGCAGGCAGUGUAUGGGUUUUCACCACCUACAGGGAAAAUACCGGCGUGUGUAAUGAUGCCCUUUUAAAAUUUGCCUUUUGGAUUUUGAUCUUCCAAUAUAUCGCUGUUGUCAUUGUAGCAGUUGUAUGUCUAUGUAUGUGCUGUUGUGGUUGUAUGGCACUGUGCUCAUUCGGAGAUUCUCCUACAACAGACCAAAAUACAGAAGAGCAAGUAACCUCUACUCCAAACACAGCGUAAAUUAUGAGCACAUUUAUAUUACAACAAUGGAAGUGAGGCAAUUGUUGUUUCUAAUGAAUUUCAUGGGUUUCGAUGUUUCCUUUAAAAUAAAUAUGCAUCUUUUAGCCCA